UUUCAUUCAGUUUCGAAGAGUCGUGCAACGAGAGCAGUUGAUACCAUUUGUCCUUAAAACAAAUUCUGCGCUGUGUCUGAGUCUGGAGUUUUUCCUGUGUGUAUAACUUACGUGGGCAGCAGCAGAAGUCGCACCAUGAGAAUUAAUUGCAACGCGCUUUUCCUGGCAUCGCUAGUGACUUGGUCGGGGGUGAUGUGCAGCACGGUGCUGGGCACCACAGAGGGCCAGGAAACACCUUUGGCCCUUCCUGUGGCGGAGCAGACGCAGCCCACUACAGCCAUACAAGGAGAAGUAUGGGAGGAGGACGAUCACGAAGUGCUUAUAAGAAAUGAACGUGGCACCAAGAGCGACGGUCUGUCGUGUCGAUAUGGCAAGAAUCCGUGGACUGAGUGUGACACCAAAACCAAUACGCGUUCGAGAACAUUGACAUUAAAGAAGGGCGAUCCAGCAUGCGACCAAACGCGAACCAUCCAGAAGAAAUGUAAAAAAGCAUGUCGAUAUGAAAAGGGAUCCUGGUCGGAAUGUGCAACCGGACAAAUGACUAGAGCUGAUAAGUUGAAAGCGAGCAGUGAUCCGUCCUGCGAAGCCACGCGGGUCAUCAAGAAGAAUUGCAAGCCCGGAAAAUCCAAGGACAAAAGUGCCAAGGAGCAGCGAAAGAACAAAGACAAAGCUGCUCGCAAAGGACGCGUUUAAGUGAUAUCAAACUCGAUUAUUUUAAAUUCCAGUGUUAUUUUGUUUGACUCCAAUGCAAAUAACUAAAAUUGAUUUUUUUAAUUCAAAACUGAAAAAUCGUAACGACGUUAACUGUCUGCUAUGUAUACCCAAAGGCAUUUAAAUAAAAUGCACACAUUAAUUAAUGUUGUAGUUUGAUUUACAAGCAAACGAAACGAUAACCAUAAUAUAAACGAAAGCUGUACGACGUAAUAGAAACCUUGAGGAGUCUAACAUAUGUAUGCAAUGCAGAAUAAAAUAUAUUCAUACAAUACCAUACCGACAUAAAUACCGACUUAUUUAGUUUAUUACCCAAUGAAAAUCAUAUGUACAUCCAAGCCAACACCUAGUACCAUUUUAUCUGAAAUGAUGAAAUCUGUAAGGGCAGUUGCCGUAUUGAAAUAAAGGAUAAAGGAUGGCUGUUGGAUCCCCUUCAUA